AUGAAAUUCCAUCUCUGGGCAGUCGCCCUCGCAUCGGCACUCUGUGUCCAAGCCAACGAAUGGCACGCCUAUUACCGCCUCGAUAGCAAAGCAUAUCAGACAAAGUUUGAUCAAAUGGUCUCACAAGGCUAUAGACUGAAUUCGGUCAGCGGGUAUGAGUACAAUAAAGAGCCAAACUUCGCUGUCAUCUUCGAAAAGAGGUCCUCCCCGGCUUGGAAGUCUCACCAUGGGAUGACCUCCGACCAAUACCACCAAAAGUUCGAAGACUACCUGAAGCAAGGAUACCGCGUUGUCCAGGUCAAUGGCUACACAAUUGAUGGAAAGGACCGCUACACUGCUAUCUGGGAGAAAGACUCAUCUGUCCCUUGGAUCUCGCGUCAUGGAAUGAACAAAGAAUGGAUGCAGAGAUAUUUCGACAAGUACUUGGAGGAGGGAUACAGAAUGACCCAUGUUAGCGGGUAUGAAGUUGACAAUGAGAGUCGCUAUGCUGCUGUUUGGGAAAAGCGGGAUGACCCUACUCCCUGGGUUUCUGCUGGGGAACUCAAUUCGACUGCUUACCAGGCUACGUUUGACAAACAUGUGAAGGAUGGGUACCGACUUGUUGACGUGGACGGGUAUCAGGUCGGAGAUGAGGUCAUGUAUGCGGCAAUUUGGGAUAAGUCUGCAUCCGGUGCGUGGGUGGCAAGACACGGCCUUGAGUCCUCCAAGUUUCAGGCUGAGUUCAACAAGUACCGUGAUGAAGGCUAUGUUUUGAGGACUUUUAGUGCCUACAAUGAUGGGACAGCGGAUCGCUAUGCUGCUAUCUGGGUUAAAUAG